AUGAGUGGUAUAACAAGUUACACAGCCUUGCUAAUCAUAUUAAAUACUCUUCUGGCAAUAAACAAUUAUUCUUGUGUUAGAGCAAGACCAACAAUUCAUGUGCACGUCAUCAAUGGGUUGACAGCAGAAUCUUUGCACGUCCAUUGUUAUUCGAAAGAUGAUGAUUUAGGGCAACAUUUACUUGCAGUCUCCGAGCAUUUGGAUUGGAGUUUUCGAACAAGUAUCUUUGGAACCACAAGAUUUACUUGUGAAAUGAAUUGGGCUCAGGGUCACGGCGUGUUCAAAGUUUUCUGGCAAGGUCCGACAAUUCAACUUAGAUGCUACAAAAACUGUAUUUGGUUGGCGACUGCUACUGGUUUAUACUUGAAGGAUUUUAGCUUAGAUAAGUUUGUAUUUGUGUAUCCAUGGGAAAAAUACUAA